AGCAAAUUAUACAACAAUGGCGCCUUUCAGCAAUUGCUCAAUCCUCUUCGUGAUGAUAGCAUUAUUUUCCUUAUCAAGCAUCACCACAAGCCAUGCUGCUCGUAGCCUACUGCAACUUCCAAACUUGCCAACGAUCCCAUUGUUGCCUCAGCCAACAAUGCCACAAUUACCCACUAUUCCCAAUUUACCAACAGCAGCCACAUUGCCACCAUUGCCAAGCGUUGCAUCUUUGCCAACACUUCCAGCAGCUAGUGCACCAUUGCCAUCUUUGCCUACGUUGCCCUCUGUCCCAAAAAUGACUCUGCCUCCAAUGCCUGCCAAUAUUCCUCUUCCCAACAUGCCAUCACUUCCGAACAUUCCCACAUUUCCAACUAUUUCACCUCCUCCAUCCAACUAAUCUCGCGGCUUCCAACACUUUACCACAUUGAUCUCUACCAUUUGAUGUUUUUGCUGUUCUUUUUUCAUUUGUCCUCUUAAUCUUUUUUAUUUGUAACGGCAUAUCUUAUCAUUUGUAUAUUACAUAUAUGAGUGUUGUAUGUUGAUUAUCAAAUAUCAACAUACAAAAGACUUAGUAUUACUGCAAUGCAGUGUUUAUUCUCUUCGGUUA